UCGAUUGUCAAUUCAAUAUUUAACAGAGGUGGAAACAAGAAUCAUUCUUAUGUCGGCCCUAUGAUUACUGAUAGUACGCUAUAUCUUCUUUUGUGUACUACGUAGAUUUAACUAGAGUUUACCAACAUAUUUAUCAAUGAACAUCAUGUAUAGUUAUCAAUAAUUUAUGUAAACUUUUAGUUUUAUCACAAGUUUGACUGAAGUUUGUGAAUUUUAUUACUUUUAAGAAUUAUAAGUGAAAACUUACAAUUGUUUAUAAUUUUGAUAUUGUUUAUCAAAACACGGAGAGAUUUAUUGAUUCUGGAUUUUCACAAAAAUAACUUUACAAAACUGGAUUGUUGAAAAUACGGAACUGUUUCGGUGAUGUCCCUGUCUCAAUUUGGAUAUUCGUAUACCCCUACAACGAUUUCAACUCCAUCCCAGAUCCUAAUGUCUUCAUCAACGACUUCUUCAAUAUCUUCUAUAUCAACCUCGUGCUGUGAGAAUGGACGUCCCAUCAUGACAGACCCACACACGGGACAGACUGUCUGUUCGUGUCAGUAUGGGUCUGGUCUACUGAGUGCAUAUUCCCGUGUCCCGGGAUUAACUGACUCUAUGUACAGUACGACACCAUACCCCUCCCAAGGUUACGUCCCUCUAGGAACCGACCCGUCUGCAUUCUACUCACCUUUGAAUCCACAUUAUGACUUAAAGGAGAAUGGCGAGUCACCAUGGAGAUCUUUGACACAGCCAACAGCCUGUUAUCCUUACGAUCCAGCAAUGGCGAGUUAUCCGUAUGGAAAUACAUAUGGCGGAAUGGACUUAAAUGGUGCAGCACGGCGCAAAAAUGCCACAAGAGAAACCACAAACACCCUUAAAGCGUGGCUGUAUGAACACCGAAAGAACCCUUAUCCUACAAAAGGAGAAAAAAUAAUGUUAGCAAUAAUUACUAAAAUGACUCUGACCCAGGUCAGUACUUGGUUUGCUAAUGCCAGAAGAAGGUUAAAGAAGGAAAACAAAAUGACCUGGUCACCUAGAAAUAGAUGUGGCGAUGACGGAGAUGAUGAAAACAGCAAUGAUAAACUAGACGAAGAUGACGAGGAACAAAAGAAAGAUAAAAUAGACGAAAAUAGCAAUGAUACAAUUAAAGACAGCAUGGACAAGUGCGAGAACAGUUUACUUUCAAAUUCUAAAACGGACCCAGAUCAGAUUGAUGUUACUACCUUUGGAAACAGUACUAAACAAGAUAUUCUUGGACUUGAACCGAUUGGUAUCAUAAAAGAUGAACCAAAUGGGCUUCCCCAAGGAUUUUGUGGUCCAGUAAAUGACUUAAAGGCACCAACGAUGGGUGUUGUUAAGCGUCUAGAUUCUCCAUGUUCAAACAGCAACGAUUCAGGUCUAAGCGAUGUAAAUAACUCUCUGGCAUUAAAUGGACCUGUUCUUGACAGUAGUGAUGCUUUAAGACCAAGGAUAUGGUCAUUGGCCCACGUAGCCACAUCAACAGCUAUUCCUACCUCUUUAUCAGCAAGUAUGAAGGAUCAAAACACUGCUAUGAACUAUUCUAAACCUGGAUCUUCUUUCACAACUAACACUUCCUCUAUGCGAUCCUGGAUGGACAGUGCUUUUCCAGUUGGAUCAUCCAUGUUUUCACCUAGUCCUGCUGGAUAUACAAAUAUUUCGGGUUCUGCACAAAGUGACAAAUCUCCAUUCUCAAUAAAUGGUUCAGCUUUCAAUGGUGUGUCGUCUUCCGGAAGCUCGUCUUCGCUUCUCCGGCCGUAUCCUUCUUUGACCUCUCUGUAUUCACCUUCUGGAUCAAGAGGUUCCGAAAGGAUACCAAAUGGUACAAUAUGAUAACAAAAAAUCUAAUGCAUUUGUUAAAUAUUAAAAUGACAAAACAUUACAACGAAUACAGUAUGGACUAUGUCCAUAUAUUUCACGGAAUGAAUCUUUCCACUAAAACACCAUCUUGCCAUUUUUUUGUUGUGAUAUAUAUCAAACUUGCCAUAUUAAGUGCUAAAUUAGUCACAUAUCAUUGGAUUAAGACAAUAUCGAUGUCAAUAAAUUUUCUCUACAGAAAAAUCAGUGUUUGACACAAAGAUCACCAAUGAUCGACUUCGAGUCAGAAACUAAAUUAAUCAUUCCUUUCAGGCGGGAAAUAUAGAAUGCAAUAUUUAUAACAUAGCCAGGCUAAGAUCUAGGAGGUCAAAAUAUAGGUUAUAUUGAGACACGAAAUGGACAUCAAAUGUCGGAUGAGAAAAAGCAUUAAACAAAUGAAUAACCUAAUAUACUUAAAUUAUUAGUAACGGCAAAAUAUUCGAAGUUUGUAGUUAAGAAACAGGGUAUUUGUUGUAAAAAUGUUCAUAUCUAAUUCAUUUUCUUCUAAGAUGACAUAUCGAAUAUAUUUAGUAUUAAAAUGUCAUUAUUAAUUAUUUGUGGUUCUAUUAUAUAUGUUUUAACAAACAAUUAUCUAUCAAACUGCAUGCUUUACGUUUCGCAAGUUGUAUAAGAAAUUAAACUAAUAAUAUUUCCCGUACAACUAAUAAAAAUAAUUUGUAGAUAUUAAUUCUAGUCAUUUGGUUAAUGUCUGAUAUUGCAUAAUAAAGCUCUCUCUUCCUUUUUGUCUCAAAAUCAAACUUUUUCAGUUUGAUUCUUUUAAUGAUAAAUAGAUUUGUCAUUUGUUUUAAUUAUAGUAUUCUAACGUCGAAAUAAAGUUCAUGUAAAAGUGCUAAUUAAUUUUUAAAACAAAAAAGAUGUUUAAAAAAAGAUGUUUUUUUAUAGAAAACGAUAUAAUAUUUGUUUUUACUUUUUGUAAAUUCAUUAUAUGUUCCUGAUAACAUUUACAUGUAUAAAGAUUUAAAAUAUUUGUUAGUGUUUUUUUGUUUGUUUUUAACAUUACCGACCAUCUCAUGGGUCAGGAGUGAACUUAAGGGCAGAAUGUAUUAUAUGUUAUGUUAUAUCAGACACAUCUACAAAACUUAUUUAUUUGUUUAAUAAACAAUAAAGUUUAAAUCAUUUU